AUGGCACCUGACCCGGAAAGACGGCAAGUGAGUUUUCCGAAACUGAAAUAUCCUUUGUUCAGAGAAGAAGAGCCAAGGAGUCCACAAAAAUGGAUAAAAGCGAAACAAAUUCAAGAUGGCGCUGAAGGUUUCUGGAGAAUUCAUGACAAUAUUUACGACCUCACCGAAUUUAUUCCAUCUCAUCCUGGGGGCUCACAGUGGCUUUCAAUGACCAAGGGUACAGAUAUUACCGAAGCCUUUGAAACACAUCACAUAAACAGUACAGCCGAAGCUCUGUUACCCAAAUAUUUUAUUAAGAAAGCCGACACCCCACGGAAUUCACCCUUUACGUUUGAGGAGGAUGGAUUUUAUAAGACUUUGAAAGCAAAAGUCGUUUUAAAAUUAAAAGACAUACCCGGCGACCUAAGGAAAAAGAGUGACAAUAUAACAGAUUUUCUCUUUGUAUGCUUCGCGGUAGCUGGUCCGCUUUGUUGUUGGCUUUGGACAAAGAAUUUAAUAUAUGGAGCGGCUGCCACGUUGAUUCUCGGUCUAACACUUUGUGCCUUAACUAUUUGUGCCCACAACUAUUUUCAUAGAGCAGAUAGCUGGCGGAUGUACCUUUUCAAUAUAAGUGGCUUCUCAUACAUUGACUGGAGGAUUUCACACUCAAUGUCUCAUCACCUAUACACGAAUACAGCAAAUGAUAUUGAAUUGAGCUUCUUAGAGCCUUUCUUGCAAUACUUACCGAGGCCGGAUAAGCCGCUGUGGGCCCAAAUGGGGGCUUUCUUUUACCCCAUUGUAUUUUUAUUCACGUCACUCGGAUGCAUGAUUAAAGAAUUAGUUUGCGGAAUAUUAAAAUUGGAUGAUAAAAACUUGACUUUGGCAAACGCCAUACCUUUUGUAUUGCCAAUAUGGAUGUGGUACUUCAGUGGACUAUUUUUACCUUGGACUAUUCUGGUUUGGUUGGCUACUGUGAUGAUAUCAAGUCUAUUCUUCAUGAUUUUUGGUCUCACAGCUGGACAUCACGCUCAUACAAACUUCUUUGAGGGAGACGUGCCGAGAGAGGAGACACUCGAUUGGGGAAUCCAUCAACUCGAUUCAAUAGUAGAAAGGAUCGAUUACGCGGGAGACCAUUUCAAAUCUCUCACUCGUUUCGGGGAUCACUCCCUUCACCACCUGUUCCCAACGUUGGAUCACGCUGAAUUGAAGUACCUGUACCCCACAUUAUUCGAGCACUGUGAGAAAUUUGAAACCCAGCUCAGAACGACAACCUUCUACAACGCAUUGAUCAGCCAAAGCAAACAAUUAAUAAGGAAACGACCUAAUAACUUCAAGCAAAAAGUGAAGCAAAGUAGCUAA